GUAACAUUUCGCCACCACGAUUUUUGGGAUGCUGGUCUGUCAACGUCAACAUUAACCUCGGCGGUUGCCGAUCCGUCGAAAUUCGGCUACCGGUCCACGGCAGAAGACGUGACGACGGGCGUCGAUUUGACCGGCAAAGUGGCGAUCGUAACGGGCGGCAGCAGCGGCAUCGGCACGGAGACGGCGCGAGUGCUGGCGCUGCGGGGCGCGUCGGUGGUGCUCGCGGUGCGCAACACGGAGGCGGGGGAGGCCGCCAAAGCCGCCAUUAUCAAAGACAUUGAGGGGAGACUCACGGCGGCGGGGGCGGGGGCGGGGGCGGGGAUUCCGCCAGCGGUGCGGGAGCGCGUGAGCGUGAUGGCGCUGGAUCUGGGGUCCCUGAAGUCGGUGCGCACUUUCGCCGCGGAUUACCUGCGGCUCAACCGCCCCUGCACGUGCUUGUCAACAACGCGGGUGUGAUGAUGUGUCCGUUCAUGCUGACGGCUGACGGCUACGAGAACCAGGUCGGCACCAACCACGUGGGCCACUUCCUGCUCACCAACCUGCUGCUCCCAAAGCUCAAGGAGACGGCAAAGAAGGACAACACAGAGGCGCGCAUCGUGAUCGUGUCGUCCGCCGCUCACCAAUUCCCGUACCGGGUGGCAUCCGCCUGGACGCCAUCAACGCCAGCACCGGGUACGACUCCAUCAAGGCGUACGGGCAGUCCAAGCUCGCCAAUGUGCUCCACGCCAGGGAGCUGGCGAGACGACUCAAGGAGGAGGGGGCAGCGGUGACAGUGAACGCGCUGCACCCGGGAGUGAUCGAUACCAACCUCGCUCGGUUCAUCAUGCAGCCUGGGACCAUCUGGCACACACUUGGACGGGGUGCAAACAACCUGGUGUUUCGGUGGUUCAUGAAGACCAUUCCUCAGGGCGCUGCCACGUCGUGCUUCCUAGCAGCGCACCCCUCGGUGGUGGGAGCGAGCGGGGGCUACUACGCCAACUCCCGCCCGGCGGAGGGCAGUGCAUCUGACCUCAGCAGAGACAUGCAGCUGGCUGCCAAGCUGUGGGAGCUCAGUGAGCACAUGGCCAGCAAGGUCUGACUGCCAAUUUAAUUGACUUUCUUAGCGCCUCAUAGGUAGUAACUGCGGACCGGGGACCUCAGCAGUGACGUGCAGCUGGCGGGGAAGCUGUGGGAGGGAGCUGAGCAAGCGUUGAGUGAGCGCAUGGCCACUGGCCAGCAUGGUUGAACAACUUCAAGCGAUUGGGUUAGGCUGGGCUACCGUACUUUGCCUAGUAGAUGCCUGUACGUACAGGUUUAUUUAUCUCUUAAAGCCCCUGGCUAUAAUA